AUGAGCACACAGGGGCGGAGCUACCGCCCGCUCCCAGGCCAGUCACACCACCCCGCGACGUUGCCGCCUUCGCCCGCGCCUCCCAAACGAGCCCGGACAAAGUGGGAGGAAGCCCUCUUAUACGUGGUUGUGGCCAGCUGUCUCUGUGUGGCUAAUAUCCACACCAGUAUUUUCAACAGUGUUUUUGUAGAAAUGGGCAAUGAACACUAUCCUGAAGCACCAGUGGCCAGCCUGUCCACCUUCCUAGCCAUGCCCUUCAAAUCAAUCAUUAACAUAGCCUACAUGCUCCUGGGAGGUCUGUCCCCAUCAAGUUACAACCUUGCCCUUUGUCCACAGGAGUUUGAGGCAGCACUAGCUCAUGUGGUAGCAGCUGUUGGAGAGGUCCUGUGCACCCAUAGAUAGUUCAGUAGUAUCUCCAUAGUUACCUACCUAGCUUUUGGCCUGCUGUCAUGCCUGGGCUUUGUGGUACUCAAGAUGUGUGAACAUCAGCUUUCACAAUGGCAUCUAUCCCUGCACCUCAUAGGCCACCUCUGGUCUAAGGUCUAUGAUGAUCUCUAGUUCCACUUUGCAUUUUUGUUUCUGACAAAUUUAAACACCUGCCCAAGACCACAUACAAAGGAGAAAAUGUGCUAA